AUGGGAUCGCGUUUGUUGCAGGUGGAGGACGCGACGCGUAGGCGAGAGGCGGCGCUGCGCCAGCACACGUUCUUCCUGCUCAGGGUGCUGCUUCGCCGCGGAGUCGACCUCGCGCCACGGGACAAGGCGGGCACGAGCGACCCGUACGUCAAGUUCAAGGUGGGCGGGCGGCUGCUGUACAAGUCGCGCACCAUCUACCGCGACCUCAACCCUGUGUGGGACGAGUCCUUCUGCCUGCCCAUCGAGGACCCCUUCACGCCCGUCCACAUCAAGGUGUUUGAUUAUGACUGGGGCCUGCAGGACGACUUCAUGGGCUCCGCCUACCUCGACGUCAGCAAGCUGGACCUGGGCAGGGCGACCGAGAUAACGCUGCCGCUGCGGGACCCGGCCAAGACGACGGAGUACCUGGGCGAGCUGCAGCUCACGGCGACGCUAUGGCCCCGCUCCCAGGAGGACAAGGAGCAGCUAUUGACCACCAUUGACGUGGUGGACGGCGCCACACCAGAGGACACUAAUGAGAUAUUUGAAGGCAUCAUAACAUGGUCAACUUCUACUUGCGAUCCUCCGAGGUAUGGACGCUCCGCCGCCAACCCCAGCCAACCAGAUGGAAUGACAAAGAACAAAGGCAAGGAUAAUUGCACUGGCACGCUGCAAAUUGCAGGGGGUGAGGAUAUGGUGAUAUGGAAGUGA